CUGCACUGCAGAUAGAUGGAUAAAGAGGAUCGGUUCGAUUUUGUGAGACGUUGUCGGAUUUCAAAUCUCCUAAUUCGCCUGAAUUUGGGAAUUCCGUUCACGUCCGGCCUAGGGCGCUGUUAAUUAGAAUCGGAAUUUGGGAAGUUUGUGUUGUGGGGGAGGAAGAAGGGAUUGAUUUCAAACUUUUUUCGUUUGAUUUGACGGAAUUUUUGGUGGGUUCCGACUGCGUCGGGUGAGGGGUAGGAAUAUUCGGUCUCUGUUUCAAUUUUUUGGUUGGAGAGGUAGUAAGCGGAGGGUCUGGGACAAUUUCUAGGGUUUUUGUGCCCGUUUUCCUGUUGAAUUGUGGUUUGUAUGUUUAUGAAGUCGAAAUUUUUGAAAUUGGGGUUGAUUGGGCGGUUUCGAGUUCGGUGAUGUUUACGCCUCAGAGGGUGAGGUCUGGUUGGCCUCUAACGCCCAAGACAGGGGGCCAGAAGGGUGGAGCCGGGUCUGCCGCGAAUCCGAGCUCUGUUACUCCUAGUUUGAGCCGCAGAGGGGAUGGGAUCAAGGGUAAGAGUGUGACGCCUCUUUCGGAUUCGUUAGUUGAAAACAGGGCAGAAAUGUUUGUGGGGUCGGCGGAGGCGGCGGCCUUGGACCAAGAGGGGUUGGCUGAAAAGAUCUCUAAACUUGAAAACGAGCUUUUCGAGUACCAGUACAACAUGGGGCUUCUCUUGAUUGAGAAAAAAGAUUGGACCUCAAAAUAUGAAGAACUUAGUCAAGGAUUGGUUGAAGCAAAGGACACCCUAAAAAGAGAACAAAUGGCCCAUAUGAUUGCAAUAUCUGACUCUGAGAAGCGAGAGGAAAAUUUAAAGAAGGCAUUGGGUGUUGAGAAGGAGUGCGUUCUUGAUCUGGAGAAGGCUCUACGUGAGAUGCGUGCAGAAAAUGCUGAAAUUAAGUUUACAGGUGACUCAAAGUUAGCUGAAGCUAAUGCUUUAGUAACUAGUAUUGAAGAGAAAUCUUUGGAAGUGGAGGCAAAACUGCGUGCUGCUGAUGCAAAACUUGCUGAGGUGAGCAGAAAGAAUUCAGAGGUGGAGAGGAAGCUACAAGAUCUAGAGGCUCGAGAAGGUGCACUUAGGAGGGAUCGUCUAUCCUUCAAUGCAGAACGGGAAGCCCACGAGGCCACGUUGGCUAAGCAACGUGAUGACUUGCGGGAAUGGGAAAAACAGUUGCAAGAUGCAGAAGAGAGGCUUGCUAAGGGUCAAACAAUUAUUAAUCAGCGAGAGGAGAGGGCAAAUGAGAAUGACAGGAUGGUGAAACAGAAAGAGAAAGAUCUUGAAGAGAUUCAGAAGAAAAUUGACUCUGCUAUUUUAGAUCUGAAAAGGAAAGAAGAAGAUAUAAGUAGUAGGCUAGCUGCCAUAGCUUUGAAAGAGCAGGAAUCUGAUGCUUUGAAAGUUACCUUAGAGAUGAAAGAGAAGGAGUUACUUGCGUUAGAGGAAAAGCUCAGCGCUCGUGAAAGGGUUGAGAUUCAAAAGCUUCUUGAUGAACACAAUGCCAUUCUAGAUGGGAAGAAGGUUGAAUUUGAGCUGGAAAUUGAACAAAAGAGAAAAUCUUUGGAUGAAGAAUUGAAAAUCAAAGCAGCUGAAGUGGAGAAAAAGGAAGCUGAAAUCAAGCACAUGGAGGAAAAGGUUGGGAAAAGAGAGCAGGCACUGGAAAAGAGAACAGAGAAGUUGAAGGACAAAGAGGCAGACUAUGAUACAAAAUUUAAAGCUUUGAAACAAAGAGAAAAGUCUGUGAGAUCUGAGGAGAAGAAUAUUGAGGCUGAGAGGAAACAAUUGCUCACUGAUAAAGAGGAUCUGAUCAGUCUGAAGGCUGAAGUGGAGAAGAUUAGGGCUGAGAAUGAAGCACAACUGUUGAAAUUACGUGAAGAGAGGAAUAGUCUUGAAGUGAGUGAGUCAGAAAGGUCUGAUUUUCAUCGUUUACAAUCAGAACUAAAACAAGAGAUAGAGAACUACAGGGGUCAGAAAGAACUACUGCUGAAGGAAGCAGAAGAUUUGAAGCAGCAGAGAGAGACUUUUGAGAGAGAAUGGGAAGAUCUCGAUGAUAAAAGAGCUCAGGUUGAGAAAGAGCAGAAGGCUCUUAUGCUGCAAAAGGAAGAAUUUGAAAAAAGGACGUUUUCUGAGGAGGAAAGGUUGAAAAAUGAGAGAUUAGCAACCGAAAAUUAUAUUCGUAGAGAGCAGGAAGAUUUAAAGUUAGUCAAGGAAUCCUUUGCAGCUAGUAUGGAGCAUGAGAAAUCAGCGAUUGCUGAAAAAGCUCAAAGUGAAAGAAGUCAAAUGCUUCAUGAUUUUGAACUACAAAAACGAGAGCUUGAAUCUGCCAUGCAGAAUAGGGUGGACGAAAUGGAAAGAGAAUUUCGUGAGAAGGAGAAACUGUUUAAGGAAGAGCAGGAGAGAGAAUUGGAGAAUAUUAAUUACUUAAGAGAUAUUGCCAGAAAGGAAAUGGAUGAUCUGAAACUUGAGAGACUUAAAACAGAGAAAGAAAGGCAGGAAGCUGAAGCUAAUAAAGAACAUUUAGAAAGGCAGGGGAUUGAAAUACGUAAGGACAUCGAAGAGCUUCUCGAACUUAGCAAUAAGUUGAAAGACCAGAGAGAACGASUUGUUAGGGAGAGAGAUCGCUUUAUUUCAUUUGUUGACAAACACAGGUCCUGCAAGAACUGUGGUGAAAUAGCAUCUGAGUUUGUGCUUUCAGAUUUACAUCACUUAGAUGGUAUUGAGAAUGCUGGUGUCCUUAAUCUGCCUGAUAGAUAUUUAGAAUUUCAAGGCCUCCAGCGGAAUGGUGAACUGACUCCAGGUGUAGCUGGUCCAAAAUCUCCCAUUUCUGGUGGAACCAUUUCUUGGCUUCGUAAAUGCACCUCUAAGAUUUUUAAGUUCUCCCCAGGUAAAAAGAUUACCUCUCCUGCAUUUGAAGAAGUGGAUGGUGAGGCAUCGAUAUUAGAUAAACAUGAUAAUAGGGCAGAACCAUCUAAGAGAAUUUCUGCAGUUGAAGAUGAGGCAGAGUUAUCUCUUGCAAUUGCCAGUGAUUCCCUCGAUGACAAGAGAAUUCAGUCUGAUAUAAGUGGCAGGGAGGUAGAACCGAGCCAGAACCUUUCAACUGAUGAUCAGAGCAACAUCAAUAGUAAGGCACCAGAAGUGCCAGUUGACUCUCAACCUUCUGAUCUAAGGGGAAAUCAGCGGGGAUUACGUCCCAGGAAGGGAAAAACUAAAAUCAGUAGGACUCGGUCUGUGCUGGCAGUUGUUGAAGAUGCUAAGGCUAUAAUUGGGGAACUUCCGCAAACUCAUCAAGUUGAGUAUCCAAAUGGGAAUGCUGAGGAUUCUAGUCAGCUGAAUAAUGAGAGCCGGGAUGAAUCUAGUCUUGCCGACAAAGGCACACAAAGGACUGUACGGAAGAGGACACGUGCAAAUUCAUCUAAAUUCAUGGGUGAGAAUGAUGACGAUGACAGUGAGGUGCGCUCUGGCAGUGUUGUGGAAGGUCAACCACGGAAAAGGCGGCAGAGGGCUGUCCGAGCUGUGCAAACUCCCGAAAAAAGAUACAAUCUACGGCCAUCUAAAGUUGGAGCUGCUGCUAAAGGCCCUUCUCAAGUCAGUAAAGAAAUUGGAGAAGAUGCUCCGGUUAAACGUACAGAGGAAGAUGCACACUAUUCAAAAGCACUUCCUACACCUUCAAUGGGGGUUACUAGCGACAAUGCUGGAAGCGCCCAUCUUGUAAGGUGUCGCACAGUUGGAGAUAAUCAAGAUGAUGGGAUUGCUGGCACGUCAAAGAACUCAAUUGAUAUUGUAUCGGUAAGCGAAGAAGUGAAUGGGACACCAGAAGUUGCAGGCAAGUAUGGGAAUCGAGGUGAAUACAAAAGUGAAUCUUGUGAGGUAGUUGGAGAUGAAGAUGGAGACGAUGACGAUGACGAUGAAGAGGCAGAACAUCCAGGUGAAGCUUCAAUAGGGAAGAAGCUCUGGACCUUUUUCACAACAUAACCAUAUGAAAUCUUCUCAAUAUGUUGACUGUUAAUGGUCGUUAAGUGGGUCUCAACUUGUGUAGGAUGAUUGAUUGCUGGUAGAAGAAGGUUUAGAAGAAAGAUGUGUAUCAAGAAUUCAAAUGUAGUUAGAACUACGAAUUGUUCAGGCUUAGGGGGAUUUGCUUUUUGUUUCCCCUCUUUUCUUCUUAGGAUUCAGCCAUUUUAUAUAUGUAUUUUUUUAUGACAGUCCUUAGCUAGAUAUUUGACCCUGGAUUCUCGGCUGGCUACCCACCGAAAUUUGUUUGUAUCAAAAUGUUUGCCACUCUCCUUAGUUCUUGAAUGAUUGUUUUAACUCAUUGAUUAGUUCUUGAAUGAUUGUUUUAA